ACGCAGGGCAGGCGGAUGAAAGAGGCAAAGGAAAAAAGUUCUUAACGCAGCAGAGCACACGCGAGACGCAGAGAGGCAGGACUAGACUCGAUCACGGAGCCCCUGCAGUCUUUAUGCCGACACUUUCUCUUCCAUCCUCGUAACGCCACCGCUUCCGGACACAAAGCCCAGCGUCGCUUUCGGACAGGCAGUGAAACAAAGUGGCACCAUGGAGCUGCUGUGCCUCGAAUUGGACACGAACAUACGCGCUAGACCUGACCCGAACCUCCUGUGUGAUGACAGAGUACUGCACAGUUUGUUGACCAUAGAAGAGAGGUUCCUACCGCAGUAUUCCUAUUUCAAAGGCGUCCAGAAAGACAUUCAGCCUUUUAUGAGGAGGAUGGUCGCUACUUGGAUGUUGGAGGUUUGUGAGGAGCAGAAGUGCGAGGAAGAAGUUUUCCCUUUGGCCAUGAACUACUUAGACAGAUUUUUAGCCGUGGUACCCACAAAAAAGUGUAACCUGCAGCUGCUGGGAGCCGUCUGCAUGUUCCUCGCAUCCAAAUUAAAAGACACGCGCCCAUUAACCGCGGAGAAGCUUUGCAUCUACACAGACAACUCCAUCAGACCACAAGAGCUCCUGGAAUGGGAACUGGUGGUGUUGGGGAAGUUGAAGUGGAACCUUGCAGCUGUUACGCCAAACGACUUCAUUGAGUACAUUCUGAGGAGGCUGCCCCUGCCCGAGGAUAAGCUGGCACUUAUACGCAAACAUGUCCAAACCUUCAUUGCCCUUUGUGCAACAGAUUUUUCAUUUGCUAUGUACCCUCCUUCGAUGAUUGCCACUGGGAGUGUGGGAGCAGCUAUCUGUGGCUUACAACUCAACUCAAGUAACCAAUCACAGUGGGGCGACAGUCUGACAGACCUGCUGGCAAAAAUCACAAACACAGAGGUGGAUGUUCUCAAAGCAUGCCAGGAGCACAUCGAGCGUGUUUUGGUGAGCAGUCUCCGUGAGGGCCAUCAGCAGCAGCAGCAGCAGCAGCAGCAAACACAGAGAGGCUCGAGUGGCAAAGGCUUAGAGGAGCUGGACCAGUCUUCCACACCCACAGAUGUCCGGGAUAUCAACUUAUGAAUGAACCACCAGAGGGCGGCAUUGCACAGGAUUUACAAAAAAUAUCAUGGAAUAAAAAAACUUGAUUUCUUAAAAGCAGAAAAAAAAAGCUAAAAAACAAAAAAUGCAAAAACAUGCUUUUUAAGAAAGAGGACUAUGCUUGAUAGUUUAUUAUUAUUUUUAGUAGACUUUUAUUUGUAAAGUCAAAAACCCUGCCCAUGAAAUAGAUUUUGACUUUCUAAUUCACAAGCAACACAUUUGAUUCAAAAUGAAGCUCUUCUGGUGCCUUGGAUUUACAAAAGGGAAGCCAAUAAUUUGCAUUCUACCUAUGAUUGUAUAGAUAAAAUCAAUGAGAUUGCUUGGUCAUAUGCUGUGGAGACCAUUCUGAAUUUAUUGACAAUUGCUUACACUUUUUGUAUCCGAUAGUAGUCCACUAUAAAAUAUGAGACUGUUGAGAUGGGAAUAAGUGUUAAAGCUCCUUGGUUUUUAGAAGGUCAAUACAUGCUUAAUGGCUGAGACACACAAAAACAAUAAUGAAUCAUGUUCCAUAUUUUAUGGGAUUUUAAUCGUCAUGGUUAAUAUAUAAUAAUUAUGAUUAUUUGUCAUAUUUGAACUUUUAGAUCAGUAAGCUCUUUUUGUAAGGCUGCUUGUGUGUGCAAGUGAGAGAGUGAAUGAGAGAAAGAGUGGAACAUGUAAAUGCUACAUGUGAUGCUGCGUUUGCAGCAGUGUGUUUUCCUAGACGCUUAGAACACAUUCAAGUCAUGGAUUUGCAAUUUCUGUUAAUGUCACAGAGCAAGCCAAGGCUACACAUUCUUUGUCCAAAUAUAUGGAGGGCAUCAAUGUUAUAUCACUGCAUUACAGGACGUCUGUGGGCUUAGCGAAACAGCCUGUGUGGGUAAUGCAAGUGUAAAAUCCAUUGUCAGACCAGACAGAACGUAUAGAAAGUCAAGAGGACUUUAGUCUUGUCUGCAUCAGCAGUGGACUAAAUCAGACAGGCUUGGUAUGUUACUGUAAGGAGUGACUUGUGAACUGGGUAUAUGGAGACCCCCCCGUGUGGCGCUGUUGGAUAGGACAGAGGAUGUCUGAGGAGCAGGUGCAUGCUGCUGUAAGGACAAUGUACAGCCUGGAGCUGGAAAUGAUGAAUAAAAGCUGCCAGAACGCCUCACAAAGUAUCUUUAACUCAAGAAACGGCAUCAUUUUAUUUCUGGAUAUAUGACCUAAACUGCCCAAACAAAUGGAUAUACAUGAGGAACUAAGACUCUAUACCGAUCAUGUGAAAAUCAUCUUAGUGGAGAACAUGAUGAGGAAAUACUGUCAAUGUAUCUGGAGUCCCAGAUAGAGUUGUGUUCCCUUAUAUGAUUUCAAUGGUAAAGCACUUUGAGAACAUGCUCCCUAGGAGAUAAGUAAAAUACAUUUGGUGAUUGGAGAUGAAUGGAUGUUUCCUUUUUUUCUUGUUAGCCUUUUCUUUGGUUUACUUUGUAGGGCUGGUUUCCCAAUCAUCACACAUACCCUUCUCAAGCAAGUGUCAAAUUUAGGCUUUCCAGCAUUCCAACAAAAACAUUCCUGCAACAAAAUAUGAGAGUCCAACUGAAAGUGACUCUUUUAGUUUGAUAUGAAUUAGAGGCUAAAUCUGACCAUCGGCUCUAUUUUGGGAUCAAGACAUUGUUUUACUUGAAUUUUCUUCUUUUUAUUUAUCUGCAUAAAACAGUCUCACAGCUACAACAGAGGAGGUCUUACAUCAUAUGUUUGCACAAUGAGGUAUGCUUUUUGAACCAACUGAAGUAAUGUGUUGCAGUUGGUGGUCAGUGGACAGUACUGGCUUGUAAUUAGCUUUUUUAAGUUUAUGUUUGCCACUGCAUCUUCCCUAUGAGCUUUGCUGCUUUACAUCAGUUGUAAUGUGGGUUCAGCCGAAAGAGCACAAAGUAAGGAUAUAGUCAUGGGGACACUGCACUGCACGGUGUCAGACUUAUUUGCUCAAAUUGUUUAUUACUUUGAGUGUAAUUUCCAUUAGAUUAUGGAUUUAGUUUAUGGUUUUAAUUUAACCAAGCAAUUAUGAUACUUGCCAUACAAUGUUUUACCCCUCAUUUUCCUCAGCCCUAUGUAAGCUCUCCCUGCCAUUUUGUGUUUAUUUGUUAUCAUGUACCACAUAUUAUUGGGGUGACCAGACCCACAUAUGGGCUUUCUACUAUUGAGAGAUACUGUAUUCCAAAGUGAAGCAAGGAUAGAGAAGGAGGUGUGAAGACAUCAAGAAAAAGUGUCAAUAUUUGAAUUUAGGUUUGUUGUUUUGCGCUGCUAAAAGCUAUGAAUUUGUUUCAUUUAUACAAAAAAUGACAUUGCCUAGUCGUGAUGUGUCACAUGAGUGUGCUGCUAUUUUAUAAACAUUUGUAUUAUAAUAUAAUUAUUUUACUGCUUAAGACAUACAUUCAGAAAACCGAAGUAGAUUGUUAUAGAAGAACAUGAUACGAGUAUUUGACUGGACAUGCUUUUGUACAGUUUGACAGUUUAGUUAGCAUGUCUUUUCCAUUUGUAAAUCUACUUUGUUCUACUUCUACUAGUCACAUUCUGCAUCAGUGGUAUUACAGAUACCUCAGGAUUACUGGAGACUCUUCAUUAAUUAUCACCUAUACCUCUGCAGUCUGGAAGCCUGGACAGGCUUAUCUCUCUGUUCUACAACGCCUAAUUAAAAAGAGGGAACAGUCAGUGUAUACUGCAUCCCCAAGGACUUUUGGAGCAAGAGUCAUCUUGCAUUUACAUACUUUUGGGGUUGUUUCAACAGAAACAGUUCAGACAUGUCCACUGUGUUUAUUCCGGUGCUACAUUUGAUUGUUAUGUUCAGGGGUUGAGCAUUCCUACAACAGUGGCCUUAUCUACACAUCUUAGCCAUUUGGAUUCAGUUUAAAUUCUUUUAAACAAUUGUACAUAGGCUACAGAAUUGUAAUAUGCACAACUUGAUUAAUCUGCCAUAAUCAAAAGCUGAAAAUGUCAUCUGUGCAGAUGUCAAGUUUCCCCUACAUUGUAACUCUUGUCAUGUACCUCAAAUGUCUGUUGCACAACCUCUGUUCAAUAAAUUUCUGCUUUAAAGGGUGUGACACCACAUCAGUUCACUGA